AUGCCAAAAUCUAUUUUAACAAAUGGUAAUCCAGCAUUCUGGAAAAAUACACCAUUAGAUCCAAUGAUUGAAGAGAUGAGAUCAGAUUGUGUUAAUGGUAUUGAUUCAAUGGCAUGUUUUAAAGUUAAAAUAAUGAAAUUUAUUGAUACAAUAUUUAAAAAAGAUAAUUUUAAGGUUGGUGAAGAUGUUGAAGUUAGAUCAAAUGAUUUAAUAAAUGAACAAUAUCAAGGACGUGGACAAAAAUCAUUUUUAGAUCGUAUCGAACAAUAUAUUAGAAGUCAUGAUUAUACAUUCAAAUUACCAGUUGGUGAUGUUACAAUUUCACCAAGAAAUUUAGAUGAUAAUGAAAUGAAUGUUAAUUUAAAAUUUGGAAAUGAGAUUAGUGAAGAGCGUGGCAAAAAAUCAAAAUUAAGAAAAAUCGCUAUACCAAUAAUGGUAUUCGUUUUAUUAAAAGCAAUGACAUUAAUACCAUUAGCUCUUGGUAUCCUUGGACUUAAAGCAUGGAAUUCACUUCAACUUGGUUUCUUAUCAUUUAUUGUUUCGGUUGGAUUAGCAAUUUUUGAAUUAUGUAAAAAGAUUGCAGCUGAUCACCAUCAUGCACAUAUUGCCGCUCAUGGACCAUGGGAUGGUCGCAGUUUUCAACAAAAUGAACCUGUACCUGUAUAUGAAGCCCAAAAUUUAGCCUACAAUGCAUAUGCUUAA